AUGCGGCUGAACUAUCUUCUCGCUCUCCUUAGCCUAGGUGCUGCUGCUGUUGCGGCUCCCGUGGCCGGUGAACCCAGUUCUGAGGUUUCCGCCGGAGGUGGCGGUGGAGGAUGGGGAAGUGGACUCGGCGGGGGUGAGGGCUCUGGCAUUGGCGCCGGUGAAGGGAGCGGCGAGGGCUAUGGGGGCGGAGAAGGUGCCGGUGCUGGAGGUGGUGAAGGUGGCGGCAUUGGCGGCGACGGCGGCGACGGCGGUGGUGGUGAGGGUGGUGGCUUCGGUGCUGGGGGUGGCUUCGGUGCUGGAUUUGGCGCUGGAGGUGGAAUUGGUAUAGGUGGGGGAUCAGGAGGCGGUGGUGGUUUUGGAGGUGGUGAGGGUGGUGGCGACGAGUAA